CCGGCCGCGCCUGCUCGCCCCUCCCCGGGCCGGCGCCGGCGGCGCGCUCCCGUGACGGCCGCGCGGGACCGCGGGCGCCCCGCCCUCGCCUGAGCCCAGCUCGCGCGAGCGCCACCCUCCCCGCCCCUGCCGGCUCCGGAACCCGGAGCGGCCCCGCGGGACCUUCUGUCUGGGCGAGCCGUGUCUCCCGGACCCCGGCCUGCCGCUGCCGGGAGCCAGGAGCUCCAGCGGCCACCGUAAACAUGGAGCUUUGGGAGACCGGCGGGUAACGAGAACUGCCACGGCGCCCAGCCCCGCAGUCGCCAGCUCUUCUGUUCCGCGUGUUGACGCAGCGAGAUGACUCAGAGAAUCGGGCUCCCGGUCUGGGGGCUCCCGGGUCCGCCGCUGUUUCUCUUGGGCGUGACCUGGCACGCCGUCGUCCGCUGCCCUUUGCUACCUGGCCUAGAAGGAAAUGCCCGCCUUUUGCAUCUUUCCAGUAACGUGUCGAACCGCCGGCUGGACUAUUGUGAGACGGAAGCUAAAUUAGCCUUGUCUCUCGACUUUUGGACUCUGUCCUCUGAAAACCUUAUAGCUGUGUUCCCAGUGGAUCCUGUUAAAGAAAAUUACGUUCGUAAAGUGAAAAACUGUAUUUUUUCAGUUGCCUUCCCUACUCCUUUCAAAUCAAGAGUACGUCUUGUAGCAGUUUCAAAGGAGGUUCUAGAAGAUAUUUUGGACCUUGACUUCCGUGUCUCAGAAACAGAUGAUUUUAUCCGGCUUGUGAGUGGUGAAAGGAUAGUAUUUGGAUCCAUUCCACUGGCUCACAGAUAUGGUGGGCAUCAGUUUGGGAUAUGGGCAGGUCAGCUUGGGGACGGAAGAGCUCACCUAAUUGGAAUUUACAUGAACAGGCAGGGUGAAAAGUGGGAGCUCCAAUUAAAGGGCUCAGGAAAGACUCCAUACUCCCGAAAUGGUGAUGGCAGAGCUGUACUUCGUUCCUCAGUGAGAGAAUUUUUAUGCAGCGAGGCUAUGCACUCUCUUGGAAUUCCAACUAGCAGGGCUGCAAGUCUGGUUGUGAGUGAUGAUGAAGUAUGGAGAGAUCAAUUCUACAAUGGAAACGUUGUGAAAGAAAGAGGUGCAAUAGUGCUGCGUGUUGCAAAAUCAUGGUUUAGAAUUGGAUCAUUAGAAAUUUUGGCUCAUUAUGGUGAACUGGAUUUACUAAGGACGUUACUCGACUUCAUCAUACAGGAGCAUUUCCCCUCAGUAAAGGCCACAGAACCUAACAGAUAUGUGGAGUUUUUCUCUAUGGUGGUAUCAAAGACGGCACAACUCAUUGCCUUGUGGAUGUCUGUUGGUUUUGCUCAUGGUGUUUGUAAUACUGAUAACUUCAGUUUGUUAUCCAUUACAAUCGACUACGGCCCAUUUGGUUUUAUGGAAGCCUAUAACCCAGAUUUUGUCCCAAACACAUCUGAUGAUGAAAGAAGAUAUAAAAUAGGAAAUCAGGCCAAUAUUGGGAUGUUUAAUUUAAACAAGUUGUUGCAAGCUUUAAAUCCAUUACUGGAUCCUAGGCAAAAGAAGCUAGCUGCUCAGAUUCUUGAGGGGUAUCCUGUUCUUUAUUACACAAGAUUUAGAGACUUGUUCAAAGCCAAACUGGGGUUACUUGGAGAAAGGAAGGGUGAUGACGAUUUAAUUGCAUUUCUCUUACAUCUCAUGGAAAAGACAGAAGCUGAUUUUACAAUGACAUUUCGGCAGCUCAGCGAGAUUACUCAAAGCCAGUUAGAGGAGCUCAACAUUCCCCAGCAGUUCUGGGCACUGAAGAUGAUCUCAGAGCACCAGCUUUUCCCCGCCUGGGUAUCCCAGUACCUUUUGAGACUGAAGAGUAACAUGAAUGAUUCAGAUUCUGAAAGAAGAAAAAGAAUGGCAACUGUUAAUCCUAGAUAUGUACUGAAGAACUGGAUGGCAGAGUCUGCAGUGAGAAAAGCAGAAAGGAAUGAUUUUUCAGAGCCUCAUAGGCAUCGUUUCCAGUGUCCCCACAAGAGAUCUGUCUUGUACCAAGUCACCACACUAAACAAAGCCUGAAGCAUUCUGGCAGGUAUCUACAGACCUCCCAUGCAGAAGCUGCUCGUCCGUCCUAAGCAAUGCUAUAUGGUGAUAUAUGCGGUUGUCAUACUGCCUUAUCAAGUGACUAGGGGAACAGAUCUAGGAAGUUAAUUAAGGGUUUAAUUCUCAUGCAGGGAAGGAAAAAGAUUUUUUUAAAUCUUUAUACAGGGAACCCUUUACACACAUAACUUGUAUUUACCUGCCUGUAUCAAACAUUUCUUGAGAAUCUAUGUGAGGUGCUAUGAAGAAGUAUAUAAAAAUGCAUUCAGAGAGAUUUUUAGUUAGCAAGUGAGAUUAGGUAUAAAAGUAACUUCAAUAAAAGGAGAUGUAUAGAAAACACCUAGGGAAAUUAAGAGGGACUCUAAGCACCUAGGGAAAUUAAGAGGG